CCGCCGUCAGACGAGCCUUCUCAUAGCCCGCCAUGGCGUUGUCGAUGCCGCUGAACGGGCUGAAGGAGGAGGACAAAGAGCCCCUCAUCGAGCUCUUCGUCAAGGCUGGCAGUGAUGGUGAAAGCAUAGGAAACUGCCCGUUUUCCCAGAGGCUCUUCAUGAUUCUUUGGCUCAAAGGAGUUGUAUUUAGUGUCACAACUGUUGACCUGAAGAGGAAACCUGCAGACCUGCAAAACUUGGCUCCCGGGACCCACCCACCGUUUAUAACUUUCAACAGUGAAGUCAAAACGGAUGUAAAUAAGAUUGAGGAAUUUCUUGAAGAAGUCUUAUGUCCUCCUAAGUACUUAAAGCUUUCUCCAAAACACCCAGAAUCGAACACUGCUGGAAUGGACAUCUUUGCCAAAUUCUCUGCAUAUAUCAAGAAUUCAAGGCCAGAGGCCAAUGAAGCGCUGGAGAGGGGUCUCCUGAAAACUCUGCAGAAGCUGGAUGAGUACCUGAACUCCCCGCUCCCCGAUGAAAUUGACGAGAACAGCAUGGAAGACAUCAAGUUCUCCACACGUAAAUUUCUUGAUGGCAAUGAAAUGACCUUGGCCGACUGCAACCUGCUGCCCAAGCUGCACAUUGUCAAGGUGGUGGCCAAAAAAUAUCGCAACUUUGACAUCCCCAAAGGAAUGACCGGCAUCUGGAGAUACCUGACCAACGCGUACAGCAGGGACGAGUUCACCAACACCUGUCCCAGCGACAAGGAGGUGGAAAUAGCAUAUAGUGACGUCGCCAAGAGACUUACCAAGUGAGACAGCACUUACGCAAGAGAUGCCUUCAGAUCUCCCCCUAAGAACACGCUUCUCCUAACAGACUGCUCCUCUUCUGUCAAGUAGACGUUGUGUUUUGCAUGAACAUUGCCGUUAUUCAAAAUUAGGAUCCAGGCUAGGCAAGGUGUAGUAGUUACCUAAAGCAUACACUCCUGAGCAGUAUUAUUCGGAAGCCCCACCCCCCACCCCCGACUUGGAGACACUCCGCCGGCCGCACACUGUCUCGGGCAGGGAGCCCUCGCCGCCAGGGCCACUCACUGGGUGGAGCUGGCAGAACUUCUGCAAUGCAGGUUCCCUGAACCAUGAAACAUCGUGGCCCCAGCUGGUGCGUGAUGAAUGCGUGGUACCAGGAAUGGAGAUGUGUUUGGGGGAAUUCUGUGAUAUUUAGUAAGAGCAUAUGAAAGGGUCGCUAUUGUAUCAGAAAUGGCCUCUCCUGCAGGCGCACCAGGAGAAAUGGCCGUCAGGGAGAGUGCCUGCAGACCGUGCUGCCCGGCUUGGUGGGCUUCCCUGCCUUCUGCCCGGAGCGGAGAGGCUCAGAGUCUGGGGAGCAGGGUGGGACUUCCAGACCUCCCGGCUUUGUCCUUGCGGAGGAGCCGCGGAGCCCCGAGCCGCUGUGUACGCGCUGCCUCUUCUGCCCGCUCAGAACAUCCGUGCUCGCUCUCUGCUGUUAAAAGCUGCUGCUUAGGGAAGCACCCAGACCCUUUCGUUGCUAGAUCUUUGGAACAACACUACAUAAACUGCCGCUCAGUCGGUUUAGCUAUGGCAGCACAAUGAUUAGCCAUGUAAAACUUAAUUAACACUUAGAGAAAUUAACCAAAGAGCGUAAGGUGGGUUUGGCAAAAUCUCAAGUGAAUUUGGUUUCUAAAGUGUAUGUAAUGUCCAUAGUGAGAAAAUGUGUAAUCUCUGCCCCGCACCAGCAAGCUCAACACAGGUGAUCGCGUGUCCCGUCCUGUCCCGUCCCGUCCCUGUCAGGUUGUGCAUGGAGGGCUGGCCGCCCUUUUGGGCUAAAUUGGAGUCGUCACGGUGUGUGUUUUCUGCAGCCUGGCUGAAUCUCAAUCAGCACUUCCUUGAGUUAGAUUUGUCUGCAGCCACGUGGGGGAAUCAUGGUCAGCAUGUUUUGUUUUUUAUAAACUGAAGUCCUAAGCCAUGAAUUAUUUGUGCUCUAACAGGGAAAUUGAACUUGGUGAAAAUAAAAGUUACUAUGUACUAUGUAUUUAUUAAUUUUUUUCCAAGAUAGACUACUCCUAAGACUGUGGUCGCGACUGCUGUAGGUAGGCCUUGGGUCAUUUUUGCAUUCAACUUGUGGAAGAAGUGCUAUUUCCUCACCGGGUUUUCGUUUGGAAAUGUCAGUUCACUGCUUUAAGAGGCCGUGCCGGUGCUGGUUCUGGAAGCCGGGGCUGCGGAGCCCAGCCUGCGGUGAGCCGGCAGUAACUGAGCGCCCACAGACCGCGAGGAAGGGCCGCGGCGGGCGGGCGGGCCGGCUGGGGAGCACCCUUCCCUUUCUCAGUGCGAAUCCCGGGCUCCAGCUCCAGUGCAGGGAGCCGUGGCCGAGGCUCGGCCUGGGUCCCGGAAGGACCACUGUGCUGUUGUCCACGAGACCUUCCGUGGCCGUGGCCCGCACACAGGGCCCCCGGCACUGCCAGAUGCUGCCUCAGAGUCUCGGGUAUGAGAAACAGCUGAAAGAAGGGCUGUUGGUGGUGUCGGUGGGCGGUGGCCGGCGGUGCCUUGUUCCCCCGGGAGAGCCUGAGCCGGGUGCGGCGGUCCUGCCUCGGACCCUUGGUUUUUGUGUAUCCAGUGGUCACGUGUGGCUGCCUCUCUGCGAGUGUCCCAGGACGCCAAAUCUUAAGAUUUUGGUGAAGACAGAUUUAUUUUUCUCUUUAAGGCUUUAUCUAGGAAGUUAGUCAAAUGAGUGAUUGGCAAAUGGACAAAGCUACUAAAAAGACUGAUGUGUUUCUAGAAAGAUCAUAACCUAGAAUCUUAAGAGGUUUGGGAUGUAAAAGUUUCCAUGGCAAUUCUUGUAAGGUGUGGGCUGACAAAUUGGAACUGGCCUGGAUUUGAUGUCUGCAACUAACCAGGUGCCCAGGACUGACCGCUGCCCGGUUAGGCCUCAGCGGGGAGGCAGGGUCUACGUGGAGGGGCUCACUGUUUUUAGGGGAUUCUGAAUUGUCUUUGUAUAGCAGUUGGGACACUCUGUAUUCUUCCAGUUGAUAGAACUUCUUUUUUUAAAUGUAGAUGCAGCUAAAUAUUCAAAUACAAUUUUAAGAUUUUAUUUCUUGUUAACUUUAGCUUUCACAAAUUGUCUUUAAAGCCUUGAGCAGUCUGUAUACGAUUAAGAGAUUCACGACAUUUAUCCUUUACAAUAAGUGCAUUAGCUGUAGAGCAUAGGCAUUUUUACUUCUGGGAAGUUUUCAGUCUCUCCAGAGUUGUAGAUAGCUUUCAUUUCUGUGCAUUAAAGAAGUUCCUUUAGAAAAUAUUUACAAAGUAAAAAUGCGAGGAAAUACAAGUUAUUUUUUCAUAAGCAUUUUGAUACGCAUUUCAUCCAGUUUAUUAAUUCACCAAUUUCUUACACUGGUUAUUUAUAAUCAGUAUUUACUUCAGAGAGGGGAAAGCAUUCAAGUGCCAUUCUCUACAAAUGAGCAAGGUUGGAGUCACCAACUUUUAUUUUUAUCAUGGAAAAAAAUUUUCACUCCCCAACCUCUAAUGUUGAACAGAAUUGGAAUAUUUUCUUUAGAAUUUCUCAAAUAGGCAGAGGAAAGCUUACUGUCAAAUGCUGUUGUUUUCCCUCUUCUGUCUUUGGAACAUCAACACCAGUAUAUUGCUGGCAGCUAUUGUAUUAAAAAAUAAAGUAUAUUUUCAUUAUCAUAAAGGAUUCUGUUUCCCCCUUAAGAAAAUAAAUAACAACUUGAGCUAAAA